AUGGAGGACGUGGAGGCGCGCUUUGCGCAUCUCCUACAACCCAUCCGCGACCUCACCAAGAACUGGGAGGUGGACGUGGCGGCCCAGCUGGGCGAAUAUCUGGAGGAGCUAGAUCAGAUCUGCAUUUCUUUCGAUGAAGGCAAGACCACGAUGAACUUCAUUGAGGCAGCGCUGCUGAUCCAGGGCUCUGCCUGUGUCUACAGUAAGAAGGUGGAGUACCUGUACUCGCUGGUCUACCAGGCCCUUGAUUUCAUCUCUGGCAAGAAGCGGGCCAAGCAGCUCUCCUCAGCGCAGGAGAAUGGGACUGCUGGGGACGGCGACAACGGGUCCCUUCGGGAGCCCGAGGAUGAGUUCCUGUCCCUGGAUGAGCUGCCCAACGAGCGGACCUGCGUGGACCUGAAGAAUGACCAGGCUUCGAGUGACGUGGUCAUUGUGCCCCUCCUGCCCAUGGCCCUGGUGGCGCCGGAUGAGGUGGAGAAGAACAGGCACCCCCUGUACAGCAGUCAGGGGGAAGUCCUGGCCAGCCGGAAGGAUUUCAGGAUGAACACAUGUACCCCCCACCCCAGAGGAGCCUUCAUGCUGGAACCUGUGGGUCUGGGCCCCCAGGAGGACCAGCUGCCGAGAACCCAAAAUGACCCCGGGAGCGCUGAGGAGCAGCAGCAGCCAAUGGAAGUCUCGUUGGACGGGAGCCCUGCGCCUGCGCCUAGCUACUCCCCAGAGCCAGGUAAGAGCCCAGAAGGCCCAAUGGCCCAACAUGGGGAGACCGACGGGGAGGACAACGUGGAGGCAGACAUAGAUGCAGAGCUCCCUGAGGCCAUGGUGCCUGAGGUCCCUCAGGAGCCGAGCCCACAGCAGAGUGCCGACCUGCCCCAGAGGUACAUGCUGAGAGAGAGAGGGAAGGCCCCUGAGUCCACGCCCUGGCAGAAGAAGGCCCCAGACCCUUGGCAGAGCCUGGACCCCUUCGAUUCACUGGACUCAAAGCCCUUUAAGAAAGGCAGGCCCUUCUCUGUGCCCCCCUGUGUGGAGGAAACUCCAGGGCAGAAGCGGAAACGGAAGCGGGCCACCAAACUGCAGGACUUCCACCAGUGGUACCUGGCUGCCUAUGCUGACCACACUGACAGCAGGAGACAGCGGCGGAAUGGCCCAUCCUUUGCAGACAUGGAAGUCUUGUACUGGAGGCAUGUGAGGGAGCAGCUGGAGACCCUCCGGAGGCUGCAGAGGAGGGAGGUAGGGGAGCAGUGGCUGCAAAGGGCUGAGGGGUUGUGGUCCGAGGAGGAGCAGCAGCUGGAUGACCCCCUCGAGCACCUUGGGGACGCAGAGGAUUUCCUGGAGCCUGAGGAUUACUUGGAGGCAGAGGGGACGAGACCUGAGGAAGCCAACGACCUAGAUGCCGAGGCCAGGCCGCCAUCCCUGAGCUAUGAGGAGCUGGUUCAAAGGAAUGUGGACCUCUUCAUCGCCACCUCCCAGAAGUUCGUCCAGGAGACAGAGCUCAGCCAACGUAUCCGAGACUGGGAAGGCACCAUCCAGCCCCUGCUCCAGGAGCAGGAGCAGCACGUGCCCUUUGAUAUCCACACUUACGGGGACCAGGUGGUCUCACGCUUCAGCCAGCUCAAUGAGUGGUGUCCCUUUGCCAAGCUGGUUGCUGGCCAGCCUGCCUUUGAAGUGUGUCGUUCCAUGCUGGCUUCCCUGCAGCUGGCCAAUGACUACACAGUGGAGAUUGAGCAGCAGCCUGGGCUGGAUGCUGCUGUGGACACCAUGUCUCUGAGGCUGCUCACACACCAGCGGGCCCACAAGCGUUUCCAGACCUACGCAGCCCCCUCCAUGGCCCAGCCCUGA